UUCCAGCGACAAAUUCUUACGCAAGGAAAAAGCCGGUUGAGUCCCGACUUCCUGACCGUCACUCUCACCUCGUCCUCGUCGGUUACUACUUAUUAAUAAAAUGUAUUACAAAUUUAGUGGAUUUACACAAAGACUGACUGGAGCCGUGUCAUCCUCCGCCUACAGUCCGCAGGGCUUGAGGUCAAAUAUACCUUCUGAAUCUCCUACCAUCAUCUUUGCCACACCAACCAAACUGGUGUCUGAGUCGAGUGCUGCAGUGGAGUAUAUGGGAGGCAACAAGGUGCCUGACCUCCAGAGGAUAUUUCAGGCCUCAGAUGAGAUUCCUGUUCAUCUGAAGCGAGGUGUUCCAGACAGACUCUUGUACAGGACCACCAUGGCACUGACAGUCGGGGGAGCUCUCUACUGCCUUGUAGCUCUUUAUAUAGCAGCACAGCCCAAAAACAAAUGAACUGUAUCGAGCCCAUUUUCAUGACUCAGAGCAUCAGCAUUGAAAUAACAUUUGCAAUAUGUAACUUUCUAGUAUUUAUUAUGAACAUAAGCAAUAUGCCUCUCAUCAAUCCAUUAAGAGAUACUCUGCCCUGCUUUUGCCACACAAUGCCAUUUUAAUUGUGUCCUGUGUCAGAUCGGUCCUUACAAGUGGGAUGCUAUUAGUUAGAACAGUGGUUCUCAAACUUUGUAAUUUAAUGGCCCCAAAAUUCAAUAUUUGAUGGCUCCCUUACACAUACACUUAAUGUCAUAUUGGUGUUCUGCUGAAAUGACAACAAAAACACAUGCUUGUUUUAAAACUUUUUAUUUAAAGAAACUAGGGUCAUAUUGCAUACAAAGGUUAUGAAAGUGUUAUUUAAUGUGGUGUAAUAUAAAUCUCUAGAACAUACUCUUAAAAAUAAAGGUUUUAACAGGCUGCUUUCACAUAAAUACCAUACAAAGCCCUUUUUGGUUCCCCAAAGAACAUUUAAGCGAACAGUUCUUGAAAUAAUGAUUUUUCUUCUUAGUGUGAAUAAAGUUUUUUCACUUCAAGGUUCCAUCAAUGUAAAAAAAAAAAAAAAAACACUGAUGCCAAUAAAUGAGCCUAUUUUUUUAAAAGUGUUAUAAACAUGAUGCAAAAAAUAUAUAUAUAUUAAUACUUUUACUAAAUAAUACAUUUAAAUAAUUAAAUUAAACUAUUUAUUUUAACUACUUUCAGACAUUUUGGAGCUUACUUAGACCUACUGUUUGAGAACCACUGUAGGGUUCAAAAUUUAUAGUCCUAGCAGACAAUAAACAGUUCACUCUCAGCCCACUUUAAGCCCAGAUUGUGGUAAUCAUGUUUUGGUAAUAACUGAUGAAUAGUGUGACGUUGGGAAGAGAAUAAGAAAGGAAAAUAGGGUGGGACCUCACACUUUUCAGUAGUGUUGAUUAUUGUAAAGUGUUACACACUCUGGCAUGUUAAGUGUGUCUCUUGGAAGCCAAGCUAUGGGAAGUGCUUUAACGCUUGUAGAUGAAUAUCCUGGAAAUGUGGAACUACACUGAAGAUAAUCAUGGAUGAGGUGAAUGCAUUUCUGCCACAGUUUUGGAUAUAUUUAAUAAAUCUCAGGACUUGAAAUGCUGCUGUGCCUCUCAUGCACCACUUUCCCAAGCAAUGUAUGUGUAAGGCAAAGCAAAAACUGUUUGUUUGACAUUCAUUUAAUAUAUGUUUUGGCCCUCUGAGAUGUACAUACCAAAUAAAAAAUCAUGACCCUUUGA